ACCUGUCCUCCAUGAAUUUGUCUAAGCCCCUUUUAAAGUCAUCCAGGCUGGUGGCCAUCACCACAUCCUAUGGCAAGGAAUUCCAUAGAUUAAUUAUGCGCUAUGUGAAAAAGUACUUCCGCUUGUCGGUCCUAAAUUUCCUAACCUUCAGUUUCAUGGGGUGACCGCUGGUUCUAGUAUUGUGAGAUAGGGAGAAAAAUUUCUCUCUCUCCAUCCUGUCUACUCCAUGCAUAAUUUUAUACACUUCGAUCAUGUCUCCCUUUAGUCACCUCUUUUCCAAGGUAAAGAGCCCCAGAUGCUGUAGCCUAGCCUUAUAAGGAAGGUGCUCCAGGCCACUGAUCAUUUGGGUUGCCAUCUUCUGCACCUUUUCCAGUUCUACAAUAUCCUCCUUAAGAUACACUGACCAACACUGUACGCAGUACUCCAGAUGCGGUUGCACCAUAGAUUUGUAUAAGGGCAUUAUAAUAUUAGCAUUUUUAUUUUCAAUUUCCCUGCUAAUGAUUCCUAGCAUGGAAUUAGCUUUUUUCACAGCUGCCGCACACUGAGACGACACUUUCAAGGAGCUGUCCACCAUGACCCCAAGAUCUCUCUCCUGGUCCAUCACCAACAGUUCAGAUCCCCUCAGCGUAUAUGUUAAGUUGGUGUUUUUUGCCCCAAUGUGCAUCACUUUACAUUUGCUUACAUUGAACUGCAUUUGCCAUUUUUUCGCCCACUCCCCCUGUUUGGAGAGAUCUUUUUGGAGUUCAUCACAAUCUGUUGUGGAUUUCACUACCCUAAAUAGUUUAGUGUCAUCUGCAAAUUUGGCCACUUCGCUUGUCACCCCAACUUCUAGAUCGUUUAUUAACAAGUUAAAGAGCACUGGUCCCAGUACCGAUUAAGUCCAAGUAUACUAUGUCAACUGGAUCACCUUUAUCCACAUGCCUGUUGAUACUCUCAAAGAACUCCAAAAGCUUAGUGAGGCUAGACUUGCCCUUGCAGAAGCCAUGCUGGUUCUCCUUCAACAAGGCCUGUUCUUCUACAUGCUUAACAAUUUUGUCCUUAAGUAUGCUUUCCAUCAAUUUACCCAGCACUGAAGUUAAGCUGACUGGCCGGUAAUUUCUCGGAUCCCCCCUGGAUCCCUUCUUGAAAAUUGGAGUCACAUUGGCUACUUAAAGUAGCCUACUUUCCAGUCCUCUGGUUGGGGGUAAAUAUGUUCCAGCUGCCAUGAAGGCUUUUCAAGCCAAGGAUAUUCCCCAGCUUCUUUAUGGCUAUCAGAUCUGUAUAUACAAUGAUUUCCAUCCACUUGAGAGCAUCCAGUCUAAAUUCCUUAGGGCCAUCUUGCUGUGUGUCAAAUGCUAAGUUGCGUUUGGCAGUGGGUUUGUCAAGAUUGGAGUCCUGUGCCUGGAUUUAUAUGUUCAACUUUUGGUUGAAUUUGAUUUAUUCCCCUUCUGACCUAGCUCCCCUAAUUUUUAAGGAUGAACACCCUUCUGAUUGGAUGCAUCUAAUAACUGAAAAGCUGAAAUCAUAUGGGCUGUCAAUGGAAUAUCUUCUCCCUCUGGGCUAUGAUAACACUAUGGUGAUCCGUAAGAGGUGUAUUAUUGAUAUGGAAUGCCAGACAGAUUUAAGCCAGGCACCAAGCCUCAUAAGACUUGGAGCCACCAAGCCCUCACAAAAAGCAGCUAAAUACCUGUAUGACCUGAUGUAUCCAGGACACAGAAGAGCCAUGACAUUGGCUCGGCUGGAUGUGCUGCCCUCUUCAGUACUAGAGGGUCAUUCUCAGCGCUUUGAUCCGGAGAGCGAUAGCACGUACCUAGUAACACAUUUCCUUUCAGUCCUCAUAAUGUUACCCAUAAUGAUUCUGUGGAGGACUCUGGUCCACCUAGGUCUUCUAGCUUUUUGGAAUUUAUCCCUUCUUUGAUAUACAGUGCCACUCCUCCCCCAGCCCAGUCCCUUCUAUAGAGUUUAUAUCCAGGAAUAAUAAUGUCCUACUGGUUAUCACCAUUCCACCAGGUUUCUGUUACACUAUAUCUAUGUUUUCAUUAGUAACCAAGUACUCUAGCUCACCCAUCUUGGCUCAGCUUCUGACAUUCGCCAGGUCCCUCACCUGGUGUUGGCAUGUGCUAUCCCCCUUACCAUCAUUUGACCUAUUUGGCAAGCUGUCCUGUGUUUCCUUCUGCUCAACUCUUGGCUCUACUCUGCCCUGUUCUGGUUUAUCCAAAACAUGUUCACCCUCACACCUUAGGGGAUUUUGCCAGCCGAAGCAGAUACUGCCCUGUUCCCACCAGCAAUCCCCCAGGCGUCAUUUUAAAAGAUGCUCUGCAACCUUCUUGAUUUUUAUUGCCAGCGGUCUGGUUCCUUUUUGGUUCAAGUGGAGCCCGUCCCAUUUGUACAGGCUUCGCUUUCCUCAAAAUGUAUCCCAGUGCCUAAUGAAUCUAAACUCCUCCUCCCAUCACCACCGUCUCAUCCACACACUGAGACGCCUCAGCAACGCCUGUCUCGCUGUCCCUGCACAUAGAACAGGUAGCACUUUAGAGAACGCUACUCUGGGGGUCCUGGACUUAAGUAUGCUACCUAGCAGCAUAAAUUUGGCUUCCAGGACCUCCUGACUGCAUUUCCCAACAUCUUUGGUGCUAACAUGCAUCACUGCAGCUGACUACUCCCCAGCACUGCCUAACAGCCUACCUAGAUGCAGCAUGACGUCCUCACCCUUCUCACCAGGCAGGCAAGUAUCCAUGCACUCUACACCUGGGUCACAGACCCAUCUCUCUAUGCCCCUAAUGAUCAAAUCACCCACGACUAAGAGGCCCCCACCCCCUCGAGAUCCUCUGUGCGAGAUGAUAUGGGUGCAUCACC